AUGGCCGGCCGUGGUGGGGCUGGGGCGGGGGAGUUCGGCGAAGACGGGGAGGAUAAUGACGAGGAAGAGGAGGUGCGGGCGGGCGGCGCUGGCUCGUCCCCGGGGUCCAGGCUGCCCCCCAUUGCGGGAACCACCACACAGCUGACCAAACGGAAAGUGAAGAAAAAGAAGAAAAAGAAGACCAAAGGGUCUAGCAAGGGGGAUGCAGAUAAACACCAGAGUCGAGGCCUGAAGACUCAGACCCUUUCCUCAUCCUUCCAGGACAUUUUAAGUCCCAGCAAAGGCCACAGCCCCAAGGAAGAAAGCCAACACAGCUCCCCCUCCUCCCACACCAUGACGUUCCCCCAUUUUGCUGAAGUAGAAAAGGACCUCUCGAACCAGGUCAACGAAAGUCUGCGCUGGGAUGGAAUUCUCACCGACCCAGAAGCAGAGAAGGAAAGGAUUCGGAUCUAUAAACUGAACCGGAGGAAGCGUUACCGCAUUUCAGCCCUCAAGGGCUCUUCAGAUCCCAGCCCCGAGGAGACCCUUGACAACUUACUUUGCCUCUCAGACAAAGACUGCAGCCCCAGUGGUAGCCAGACACCCUCCAACGCAGACCCCCACUUGGAAGGCAACCUUACCACAAAGCUCACACCGGAUGAUUUAGCUAGUGAUCCGGCAAAGUAA